UCGGCUUUCCCCCUCCCCGCCUCUCAGCCGCGACGCUCUGGGGCUCCACCGCCGACAUGGGCGCCGCCGCGUGGGCACCGCCACACCUGCUGCUGCGGGCGUCUCUCCUACUUCUGCUGCUGUUGCCGCUGCCGCUCCGGGGGCGGUCGGCGGACUCCUGGGACCUGGCCGGUUAUCUGCUCUACUGUCCCUGCAUGGGGCGCUUUGGGAACCAGGCCGAUCACUUCUUGGGCUCCCUGGCAUUUGCAAAGCUACUGAACCGCACCUUGGCUGUACCUCCAUGGAUUGAGUACCAGCAUCACAAGCCUCCUUUCACCAACCUCCAUGUGUCCUACCAGAAGUACUUCAAGCUGGAGCCCCUCCAAGCCUACCAUCGUGUUAUUAGCCUGGAGGACUUCAUGGAAAAGCUGGCCCCCACCCACUGGCCCCCUGAGAAGCGGGUGGCAUACUGCUUUGAGGUGGCAGCCCAGCGGAGUCCUGAUAAGAAGACAUGUCCCAUGAAGGAAGGAAAUCCCUUUGGACCAUUCUGGGACCAGUUUCAUGUGAGUUUCAAUAAGUCGGAGCUGUUCACAGGCAUUUCCUUCAGUGCCUCCUACAAAGAACAAUGGAUCCAGAGAUUUUCUCCAAAGGAACAUCCAGUGCUUGCACUGCCAGGGGCCCCAGCCCAGUUCCCUGUCCUGGAGGAACACAGGGCACUCCAGAAGUACAUGGUGUGGUCUGAUGAGAUGGUGAAGACAGGCGAGGCCCAGAUCAGCACUCACCUCAUCAGGCCCUAUGUGGGCAUUCAUCUGCGCAUUGGCUCUGACUGGAAGAAUGCCUGCGCCAUGCUGAAGGACGGGACUGCAGGGUCACACUUCAUGGCUUCCCCUCAGUGUGUGGGCUACAGCCGCAGCACAGCGGCCCCCCUCACCAUGACCAUGUGCCUUCCCGACCUCAAGGAAAUCCAGCGUGCUGUGAAGCUUUGGGUGAGGGCACUGAAUGCCAGGUCAGUCUACAUCGCCACAGACUCUGAGAGCUAUGUGCCAGAGAUCCAGCAGCUCUUCACAGAGAAGGUGAAGGUGGUGAGCCUGAAACCUGAGGUGGCCCAGAUCGACCUGUACAUCCUUGGCCAGGCUGACCACUUCAUUGGCAACUGUGUCUCCUCUUUUACUGCUUUCGUGAAGCGGGAGCGGGACCUCCACGGGAGGCAGUCAUCCUUCUUUGGCAUGGACAAACCCUCUCAGCUGCGGGAUGAAUUUUGAUCCCACCUGGAGUCCCCAGCCAGACUUGGCAGCUAAGGAUGUCCUGGGACUGUAAGCGCCUCUUCUCUCCUGGGAGAGAUGGAGAACAGUACCAGGGACUUCCUAGAAGAGGAAGGCAUUCCAUCCCAGACACGGACUUCCAUUCUCUCCCGCCGGAGCUGCUCUCAGCUACCUGUGCUUCCAGGGAACACGCACAUACAGAGCAGCCCACCUCUGGCCUGGGCUUGCCCUGCUCAGAGCAGCCUGCAGUGCUGAACUCUCUCAAACAGUUACUUCAUAAAGAGGAAGAUAUUUUUUUAUAGGGUUUCUCGACUCGGGUGUCAAGGAGGGAGGGAGGAAGGAUUGAGGUUAAGAUGAUCUCUUAUAGCCCAGGCUGGCCUUGAACUCCUGGUCCUCCUGCCUCUACCUCCUAAGUGCUGAGAUUACAGGUGUGUAGCAAGACACUCAACUGAUCUCUAUAGUUUUGAUGCAAAGCCAUGACUACCUGAAAACUCAUCCUUGUUUUUAAAGUCCAUGGACUCCCUGAGCAGAGAUACCUAAAGUGACCUUAUAAAUACAAAGGCAAGGAGCAGGUGGCCUAUUGGCCGCUUUUCCAGGGAUUCCCUAAAGGACCCUUAGACUCAUCCCCACUGCAGGCCCAGCCACCAUCAUCCCUGGGCUGCUCUGUGGUGAACACUGCAGGUUGAAGUUAGCAGUUAUGCAGUGUUCUGCAACAGGUGAUGGUGUUAGGGCCUCAGCACCAUCCCUGGGCAACCAGGGUGCUGGAGGCUGCUGUCUGGUAGAUCCUUCUCCCAGCCUCUGCCUGUGGUCUCAGCCCUCACGUAGCUGCUCCCCAAGGACUGCACUCCAAGCCUCCAUUAGUGCAUAGAAGCCUUGUGAAGCCCCAGCUUGGGAACAGCCUUUGCCCUUGCAGCCAGUACACUGCUGGGGUAGUGAGGUCUUUCUGAGAGUACAGUUCUCAUUCCUGAGAGCCUGCGAGUUUUCAUCCGGUGGAUCUAAAUCCACCUUGCAUGGGGACAUUGAGAGGUGGGGGCCUCGGUGUGUGACCUUGCAGACCAUCCUGAUUGGUACAGAGUUCCUGAAGUGUGGCAGGCACUGUACGAUGUCUGUUUGUGCCCUGUAAGUGUUGUCUUGACAGGUUAUAAGCGUCAAGUCAGCUAGUACACAUUGUAAAUGUGAAUGAAAGAGACCAAGUUCCCUGUGUAACGGUUGUGGGGUUUAGCUGAUGCUUAUUGCCAGCUUUCCAGGCCAGGCACUGUGCUAGUGCCUUAUGCGCAUCCUCUUGUUUACUUUGGCCCUGCUAUUUUCCUUCUCUUUUUUGGAGGGGGGGAGAUGAAUGAUUCUCCCAGGGUGCACAGCUGUGGGUGGUGAACUAGAUCGGGUCUUCUAGAAUUCAAUUCUGUUUGCUGCUAGACUCUGCUCCGCAGGACACCUGGGGAAACGGUGGGCCACCCUGGCUGCUGCUGUAUACCUGCUGUUGACUUCCACUGCCAGCUCGAGGACCAAGCCUACCAGUAGCUUCCAGCCCUCUGGAUAGCUCUGUGAUUUCAUUCAGGAAGUGUUUACUGAUCACCUUCUAUGUGCAAGGAAAGAGGGAUGCAGCAGAGAAAGCCUCAAAGGAUCAGGAAUGCAUCCAGAAAGGAAGGCAAAGCUUGUGUACUUUGGAUGGGGAGUCCUGCAAGAAAAGCCACGGCUGUGCGUACAGGGAAGCCAUUUUAAGUUAAAAGAGAACUUCCGCACAUGCAAGGCCCCAGGCUGGCCGGUGGGGGUGCAACGAGGGAUCAGCGAGACAGUGAGGGGGCAGGAGUAGACAAACACUUUGAGACCACAGGGCCUGCUCACAGGUUUUAGACAGAAGAGGGAGACCUGGCCUGUGCUUCUGAGAAAACGGAUGAGAGGAGGGUAAAAGCCGAGGCUGGUGCUGGCUGGGUGAGCAGCCUGCCCAUUGUGCUGGAGGUGGGCUGAGAAGCCACAGUCUCAGCAUAGCAAGUUAUUUUUGUAAUUCAGGUUUUUUAAAGAUACCAAUCUACAUAACCAUGUUUAAUGUCUUGGGUUUUUACUUAACCACACAUUGUGUUUUCACUGCUCACACAUAGAUGAAUAAAUGCUUUUAAU